AUGUCCGGGGUCGAGAUUGGAAUUGCUGUGAUCGGGGCGGUAGCAGCCUUGAUCACGGCGUAUAAAGAUGCAGGGGGCAUUGUUCGAAACAUAAAAGAACGCCGCAAAGCCAGAGGCGGCUUGCCUCCGAGUGUCGCCCUGCAGGAAUCCCUCGAUGAAGGAUACCAGGAGAUUGAAAAGAUCACUGCGAAGGGCGUAAAGCGGUUUGGAUCUGGGUUCGAACAAGGUGAUGACAUCGCACAUCGAGCUCUGCAAAGCCUUACAAUUGAGGUCCAGGCGUCUUUGCUCCGUCAUCUGACUCUAGCCAGCAAAGAUGAUACUGUCACCGACUUCGAGGCAUGCAUCGAUUCGGCCAUUGAAGCACGCUUGAAAGCAGUCACCAUCCUCAAUGAACUAUACUUACGCCAGCAGAAACGGGCCAGCCUCCUUGCCGAGCCUGAAGUCGGCGGUGCAGCGACAUUGAUCGACGAGCCCAGGGAACUCAAUCAAACAGGGCGCAGAGAGUCAAGCUCCCACAACAGCAACUCCCGCUAUAAUGCGGAGGUCUUCCUGGAACCUUCUCAGGAACUUACAUCGCAGCCCGUCGGGAGACCAGACCAGGGAAGACGCAUCGACUUCUUCAAUGGCGAGGAACUUCUCAUUCAGUUUCACGACCCCUACUCUGACACCACGCACGACCAUGUCGACUUCCCCGAGAUCGUGGGCUGA